AUGAGUAAUAGAUUUGCAGCUUAUCCUUCGUUGAAUGGCCAUGCAACGUACCCUACUCCCGGGGUUGUAAUGCAAGGAACUGAUGUGAUUGGGAUCAAGAAUGAUGCAGCAAAAAGUGAUAAGUUUUUGGACGUAAAAGACAAGUAUUUGAUAAUGGCAGCUGAGUACACCAGUGAUGUAAUCGAGCCACCAUGGGUGAACUACGCGAGGAAAUGGGGUCCAAAAAUAACGUAUGAGAUUGGGAAGGAGAUCGAAAAAUUGGAGAACUCAUUGACCGGAAUUGUGGGAUCGGCGAUCGGGAGUUUGCUGGAUAUUAUUCCGACGGAGUUUUCCAGCGAGGAUGGACCUACUGGUCCUAAAAUGAAGCCUGAAUGGGACGGGGAUGAACGGUGA